AUGGCUGUCACUGCUGCAGGAAGGGAACCACUUGAACCAGGACUGAAGUUAGCCGUUACACUCAGACAUUUGGCUACCGGUUCCACGUAUGCUGAUCUUAUGUAUGCCUUUCGUGUUGCCCGGAACUCCAUAUCACUCUUUGUGCCUAAAGUCUGCGAAGCAAUUUACUUAGCAUACAAAGAUGAAGUCAUGCCGGAUGAGAUUACGACGGAAUAUUGGAUGCGUAUAGCAUCUGACUUUGAAAGAAUAUGGAACCUCCCACACGCUUGUGGUGCUUUGGAUGGGAAGCACAUUAGAAUAAGAAAACCGCCUAACUCGGGGUCGUUAUUUUUUAACUACAAACAUUUCUUCUCUACAGUGAUGAUGGCUCUAGUUGAUGCAGAUUAUAAGUUUAUUUGGCUGAGUGUGGGCUCAUACGGAAGUGCAUCUGAUAGCCAGAUAUUUAGGGACUCGGAACUACGACCAAUGUUAGAAGAUGGAACUUUGGAUCUUCCGCCUCCCUCCCCUCUUCCAAAUGGUGAAACAGAUAUUCCUUAUUUUCUUAUUGGCGAUGACGCAUUUCCUCUCCGAUCAUGGAUGAUGAAACCCUAUUUAAGAAAACGUUUAGACCACGAUGAGCGCAUCUUUAACUAUAGGUUGUCCCGUGCACGUAGAAUUGUGGAGAAUGCUUUUGGCAUUCUUGCCAUGAGAUUUCAGAUUUUGAUUGGAACUAUGCAACAACUGCCAGAAACAGUAGAUUUAAUCGUACUGUCUUGUACUACUCUUCAUAACUUACUUCGGAUAAGGAAACGUGCUGAUCUACAACUGUUUGCUGACGAAGAAGACAACAAUCAUAAUUUAAUAGAGGGACAAUGGCGACAAGGUGCGCAACUUACCGACGGAGACCCAGGGUAUCAGAGAAAUUUUGGUAACGCUGCUGGAAUUGAUCAAAGGAACUAUCUUAAAAAUUACUUCAACUCGGAAGCAGGCGCCGUAGAUUGGCAAGAGAACAUGAUUUGA